CACUGUCAGUGUAUCAGCGGACACUGCAAGUUAAUCAGUCAAUUUAAAUAAUAUGUGCACAUAUUAUUUAAAUUCCCACAUAUUCAGUGUAUAAAUUGUUUCGGCGAGAGUGUGCGUCUGCUAUUUAUAUUUAAAGCCAAAUAAAAACUAGAAAGUAUGGGCCAACUUACUGAAGGUAAAGUCCUCACAUGGGAGGAGAUAAAAACUAUUUCGGAGCAUGUACGCAAGCACGGUGUUAUUCAGUUCGUUAAUUUGUACAAGAAGUGCAAGGACAGGCGAGAUGACGAUUUCAAAUGGGGCGACGAGAUUGAGUACACGAUUGUCAAGUUCAACGAUGAGGAAAAAACGGCCAAGACUUUGUUGAUUUCCCACAAAUUAUUGCCAAAGCUGAUGCAGAAGGAGCUUGAAGAUCCUGCGUCAGUAGAAUGUCUGUGGAGGCCAGAGAUGAAUUCUUAUCAGAUUGAAUCGACGCCGGGAAAACCUUACGGCGGAUCAUUGGAGGAAUUUAAUAAAGUGGAGCCGAAUAUGCGGAGCCGGAGAAUUGAAGCGAAGGAAGUUUUGAAUCCUGGUGAAAGUCUUGUAACAAUCACUGCGUUUCCAAGACUGGGCUGUCCUAAUUUUAGUGAACCUGCUGCUAAACCGACUCCUCACAGUGGAGCGACUAGAAGUUUAUUUCUUCCGGAUGAAAGCCUUUUUCAAGGUCACAAAAGAUGGCAUGCGAUAUCAUAUCAUAUACAACUACGUCGCGGGGGAAAACAGGAAAUUAACGUACCCAUUUACAGAGAUAAAAAUGUACCGAAACCAUUCAGAGAAGAUUUAGCGGCUUUAGGCGACAAUGGAGAAGGUCAGAGUCUAGCGAAAGACGAUCAUGUGUACAUGGACACUACUGGGCUUGGCAUGGGCUGUUGUUGUUUGCAAGCGACGUUACUAGGCCGUGAUAUCACACAAGCACGGGUGUUGUAUGAUCAACUUACUCCAUUUACUGCGGUUAUGGUCGCUUUGACGGCAGCGGCACCUGCGUUCCGUGGCUAUCUUGCGGAUGUUGAUAGUAGAUGGAUUGCUACUAGAGACUCGGUAGAUGACAGAACAAGAGGAGAAAGAGGUCUUGAGCCUCUGAAAGACGGCGAGAGGUUAACGAGAACUGGGAGGAACGGAUCAGUUGAGUGGUAUCUCAGCGACGAGGGUCAGAGAUACAACGAUCUCCCGCUGGAGUAUGAUGAUGGAUUGUUGAAAGUACUGAUGGAUAAUGGAGUUGACAAAGCUCUCGCGCAACAUGUUGCUCAUCUUUUUACAAAAGAUCCCAUAACAAUCUUGUCGACCCAGAUAUAUGUAGACGAUGAAACACAAACAGAUUGUUUUGAAAAUAUUCAAGGGUCAAUAUGGAGAUCGAUGAGAUUCAAACCGCCACCGGCUAAUUCGGAUAUCGGCUGGCGAGUUGAGUUCCGUCCGAUGGAUAUUCAAAUUACAGACUUUGAGAAUGCCGCGGCAGUCUGUUUUAUCAUUUUACUGGCAAAGAUUAUCGUCCACUUCAAUUUGAAUACUUUAAUACCACUGAGUAAAGUUGAAGAAAAUACGAUGAGAGCACAGAAACGUGACGCCGUAAAUAAGGAAAAAUUGUGGUUCCGCAAAGACAUCAUGUCCCAUGCGACAGACCAACCGAUUGAUCAAGAGUACGGGGAAUUCUCACUAAAUGAAAUAAUAAAUGGAAAGCAAGGCCACUUUAUCGGUAUCAUACCCCUGAUAAAUUCUUACAUUGACAGCUGUAAUGUUGACACCGAAACUCGCAGUACAAUCCAACGAUUUUUGAAUCUCUUUAGCGGACGUGCCUCCGGUAAACUUUUAACCGACGCCGCUUGGAUGCGAAAACAAAUAAUCAAUCACCCGGACUACAAACAAGACGCAGUAGUUUCCGAGCGUAUCAAUUACGAUCUGCUGAAGUCAAUCGACCUAAUCGCUCAUGGUCAUCAACCAUGUCCAGAUUUAUUUGGCUCUCACUUACUCCCGAAAAUACCCUAAAUAACCAUCUCUCAGAAAUUUCUCAUUACUUAUAAAAUCAUUUUAUAAAAGUAAUACUCAUUAUAUACAAUUAAUUUUACACCUUACUAGCUACACUGUCGCCUUUGGUUUCAACGCAUCUCUAUUGGUUCUAAAGGAUACGUAAGUAUUCCAGAAGACAGCGACUGAUUGAACAAACAAUACUUGAUACUGCAGUGGAACAAACGUGAAGUUCACCAGCUGUACCAUCGGCCAUAACUAAAAAAAAUCAUCAAUUCAGUGCAACUCAA